GUUAGCCUGCUAUGCUAACAUCCAACAGAACAUGAUGCUACUCGGCUAAAUGCUUUCGGAUCAACUCUUCUACUACGCACGUGGUUCUGUUGUGUUUAUAACACUUGUCGGCAGAAGUAAAGCAAGUCGCCAUCUUCCUUAUUCGGUCUUCGCUGCGUUCUCUGAGAAGUUCGUUUUCUAAAGCGUUCGAAUGGAAAUGUCAACAAUCCAGAGUUUAAGACAGUUUAUCCACGAGAGGUUACACACUGCUGCUGAAGACAUAUUUGGAUGUUUUGAAGCGACUGUCACAAAGUACGAGGAGGAGAUCGGUCGUCAUCGCAGACUGAUGGAUGUAACUUUGAAACCUGUAGUAAAGCUGCAGAGAAUAGAGCUCCCACAGCGACAUUUCUGUAUCAAGGAAGAGUUUCCUGCUGACCUGCUGGAGAGGAACCCCAGUCCAGACCAAGAGGAGCCAGAACCUCCACAGAUUAAGGAGCAGCAGGAGGAGCACUGCAUCGAGCUCCCAGAGCAACAUUGUCUUAACGAGGAGGAGUUUCCAUCUGACCAGCAGCUCUGGAACCUUGAGAGGAACCCCAGUCUGGACCAAGAGGAGCCAGAACCUCCACAGAUUAAAGAGGAGGAGGAGCACUGCAUCGGUCUGGAAGUAGAGCAGCUUGUACUGAAGCAGGAGGAUCAAGAUAACCUUUUGUUGAAUCCUACUUUCAAGGAAAGUGACCACAGUGAACCAGAACCAAGUGACCACCAGCUCCUCUCCCACAGCUCAGCUCAGAGCCAAGAUCUCAACGGAGGCCAGCAUGGAAACUCAAAAUCAGUUAGUAAUGCAGAGCAGGCAUCAGAAAAGGGACAUCAUGUCAUCACAAGAGCAAAAGGGAGAACAAGUCCCAGUAAGCUUGCAUGUAGCACUACCAUGUCAAAGAUUGUGCUGAAUACCUGCAAGAGUAAAAAGGUUCUCCAGUGUGACACUUGUGGAAAAGUCUUUAAGUGGAAGUCAUUAUUAAAUAGACAUCUUAAGGUGCACACAGGUGAGGAACCUUUUUCUUGCAAAACUUGUGGGAGAAGUUUUAGUCAGAGAACUAACCUGCAGGCCCACUUGAGAACGCACACUGGUGAGAAACCCUUUUCAUGCAAAACUUGUGGGAGAAGUUUUAGCCUGAGGAAUACCAUGCGGGAUCACGAGAGAACGCACACUGGGGAGAAGCCUUUUUCUUGCAAAACUUGUGGGAGAAGUUUUAGUCUGAGUAAUCUCCUGAAGAGACACGAGAGAACGCACACGGGGGAGAAGCCUUUUUUAUGCAAAACUUGUGGGAGAAGUUUUGCGCUUGGUAAUAACCUGAAGGUCCACGAGAGAACACACACGGGGGAGAAGCCUUUUUCUGCAAAACUUGUGAGAAAAGUUUUACACGUGGAUGUAGCUUGAAAGUCCACAUGAGAAGCCAUAAAGGUGAGAAGUCGUAUCCAUGUACAACUUGUGGUGAAAGAUUUGUUAUCAAAUCACUUCUAACAAAACAUUUGAUGACCCACACAUAGCAAAACUGAUAUUUUUGUAAAAUGUUGUAAAGAUCUCUGACUUGUCAGUUUAUACAAAGUCCACAGGAGAAAACAUCCAGUUGAGAAGCCACACCAUGGCAACAGGAGAGGGAUAAGAUUUGCUCAUUCGUUUUCAAAGAAGUUGUUACUAAGUUAUUUAUUCAUUAAUUAAAGAUUCAACAGUUAGCGAAAAUGACACUGGAAAUGUUUCCAGGAGACCAAACCUGAGAUGAACCUUGAUGUAGUUCAAUGCUUUAUGAUGUUCCAUCACCACUGAUGAGGAGCAGACUUCAAUAACUUCACAAAGUAUUGAACUACAGCCAGGUUCAUCACUUACAUCUACACAAGAGAGAUUGUGUACAUUUGCAUUAGCUGCAUCUCUGCAACUGAAUGUGGAAAAUAUCCCAUUGAGGAGACAUCACAAUAUCUUUGAUGCAGUACAUGGUCAACAACAUUUGCUGACGUACCCACGUUUCUGUUCUUCAUGUGACUGUCAUUGACAUUUACAUCUGCAAAGGAAGUGAUGUUUUCAUCCAUGUCUCUUUGUUUAUUAAUUUAUCAGCCAUUUAUACCAGAUGAUGCAGGAAGGGGACGGGGGUGAGAGAAAUUGAUUGGGUUUAAGGGGCAGUUCCAGGAUAUGUUAUUAUCACUGAAUGUUGAGAGAUGUCAAUGUGUCAGGAAAGACUUUGGAUCAUGAUGUAAAAAUCUAAAAUAUUUGUGGUACAGAAAUUUAUAAGAACAAAGUAUGUGGGGCAGAUUAUCAGAUGACUUCCCUUUUCUUUUUUUCCCUAUUACAGAAGAAGAAAAUAUGUUGUUAAUGUGUAAACUGUCCUAAAUGACUCACUGUAAAUGGUUAUUCUUUUGUACUACGUGUAUUCAAUACUUCAGUGCAUUUGCAGUUUAUUAAAGUUUUUUUAAUUAU